UAUGUGAGGUCGGUCAAUAUUCUAUUUAUUUUUUACGGUACUUUCAGUUGGUCUUCAAGUGCCUUGAAUUUAUCCUGAUGUUCUGCCCGCGUCAAUAUCUAAAAAUCUAGGCCUGUUACAAUGAGUUCAUCUGACACUCCCACACUUUCUUGUACUCUCCAAAUCGAGUGGAUGAACAGUCAACAGAUGACAACGCGGAAGGUUAACUUCAAGAACGGCCUCCUGCGCAUGGUUCGGAAUGGCUUUAGAGAAAUUUUCCUCGAGAUUUCUGACGAGAAGACCGCCAGGCAUAAGUUCCACCUAAAGAACAUGAUUGUUCACAAGAAGUUUAUGAAUGAAGGAAAGUGCACAAUAAACUUCAAAGACGACAACGCCCGAACUAUGAUGUCUAAUGCUCCCCCUGCUCAACUAGUCAACUUUCUCAAAACUAUGUACAUCAAACUGCAAGGUGAAACGGGUGGCAAAGUGAGUCUAAAGGAGAGACUGGAAGGCAAAUCUGCCAUGGAAGAAAUUAGUCCCUUGACUACUAAAGAAGUACUCAGAGCCAGAGAUAAGGUUGUGCCCAAGGACACCAGCACAACUCCUAAAACCACCAUGAACAAAAAGCGUCCUGUGAAAGAAAAUGACAAAGCUCAAGCAGGGCAUCCUCCAUCAAAGCGGAGAUGUAUUGCAUCUGCCAUUGAAACACCACUUACUGCGGAACAGGAAAGGGUCCUCAAUGCCGUUGUUUCCGGUAGAAAUAUAUUUUUUACAGGCUCUGCUGGAACUGGUAAAUCAUUCCUUUUGAAAAAGAUUAUAUCCUCUUUGCCUCCGGAUUCAACUUUUCCAACUGCAAGCACAGGAGUUGCUGCCUGCCACAUAGGAGGCUACACCCUCCAUUCAUUUGCAGGUGUCGGCACUGGCCAAGGUAGUUUGAAGCGUUUAGUGGAAUUGGCGAGGAGACCUCAUGUUGCCCAGCAAUGGCGCAAAUGCAAAGUUCUUAUUAUUGAUGAAAUUAGUAUGGUGGAUGGAAGAUUCUUUGAUAAACUAGAAUAUGUUGCCCGAGAAGUAAGGUGUAACGAUAAGCCAUUUGGAGGUAUUCAGCUGGUGUUGUGUGGAGACUUCUUUCAACUACCUCCCGUCGGGAGAUCUAAUAGCAGUGGAGAUGAGGGCCAAGCCACUUUCUGCUUUCAAAGCGAAGCCUGGGACCGAUGCAAUCUGAACUGCUAUGAGCUGACAGUGGUGCACAGACAAAGUGACCCCGUAUUCAUUGACAUACUUCAAAACAUCCGUAUUGGCAGGAUCACUCCAGAGAUAGUUGAUCGUUUGCAAGCCACCAUAAAUAACAAAGUAGAUUCUGCAGGGAUUCUAGCCUCCCGACUGUGCAGUUUAACUAAAGAGUCACAACUUAUUAACACCUCUAAACUUGAAAAUUUGUCAGGUACUGAGAAGGAGUUUAAGGCUAUUGACAGUGAUUCAACACUAAGCAACAUGUUGGAUAUCCAAACACCAGUUGAAAGCUUGAUAAAACUUAAAGUUGGGUCACAAGUGAUGCUGAUGAAAAACAUCACACUUAAUGAUGGCUUAGUAAACGGUGCUCGUGGGGUGGUUGUGAAAUUCUCAGAAGGUUUGCCUGUUGUGAAAUUCCGCUCUGGGGAAUAUACCGUUAAGUAUGAAAAGUGGACUGUGAAGCUGAUGGGAGGGACCACAUUAACUAGAAAACAACUCCCCUUGAAAUUGGCUUGGGCGUUUUCAAUCCACAAAUCUCAGGGACUCACACUGGACUGUGUUGAAAUGUCACUAGCAAAGGUAUUUGAAGCUGGCCAGGCAUAUGUUGCCCUGUCGAGGGCUAAAAGUCUUGCAACUCUAAGAGUUCUAGACUUUGAUCCAAAACAAGUGUGGGCUAACCCUGAUGUUCUUAAAUUUUACCAGCGGUUUAGGCAAAACCUUGCUGCAUUAGAAUUGAUUCCUUUAGGUAGGAAGAAAAGUGAUUUGUCUAGGAAGCCAGGGCCUUUUAUAUGAAGUUUCUUAAUUUUCUUGCACAAAUAGUUAAUUCUAUGACUGAUUAUUGAGAAAUGCUUGAGAAGUGUCAUAAAUCUGGAUCUAUGUAAACUAGAAUCCAACGUCAUGAACAUGAAAUGAUUGUUUGGACAUUUUACCUUUAAUAGAUCCAUUUUCUUUUACUGUACUUUAUUUAUAUCAAACAUGAUCUAUAUUGUGAUUAUAUUUGCAUGUCUAAUAAAUGCUGAUAGUCAGGUGAGGUAGAUCAGCUUAUUUUGAGAAUGUGUGCUGAGGUAACUGUUGUAUAUGCACCAGCCUUGGGCUAAAGAUCUAGGUCUAUCAGCAUUGAUGAUACUGUUGCGAAAAAGACUCCCCACGUUCACAUGGGGAGUCUUGUUCGCAUCAGCUGCUGGUGUAUAUAGUUAUAGCCGUGAUCUA